AAACGAAACUUAUGUAGUUUAUGUCAGUUAAUCAACCGCUUACACACUACGGCGAUUCUCUCAAAGCAAAUUAUACACACAAUUUUCUGUGUCUAUACAUCAUCGUUUUCGUUUUCUUCGCUGAUCUUUACUUACUUGGAUCAGAUCUUCUUCGUUAUGUUUGUUAAAAAGCUCGUUGAAAAGGCUUCUUUAAAGAAGCCAGGUGGGAAUUCAGAUACUUUAAAAACCGAAGAUGUAAACCCCCGUGUGGUUUUUCAUUAUGGCAUCCCAUCAGGAUGUUUCUUAUUGGCAUAUGACUCUACUCAAAAGAUACUUGCUAUAUCCACCAAAGAUGGCCGCAUCAAAUUAUUUGGAAAUGGUCAUUCUCAAACCUUGCUUGAAUCCUCGGAAUCAGUACCAAGCAAAUUCUUGCAAUUUAUGGAGAAUGAAGGCAUCCUUCUGAAUGUAAAUGUUAAUAAUCAUUUUGAGGUCUGGAACAUAGACAGGAAAAUUUUGACCUGUGUACAUAUUUUUAAGGAAGAAGUCACCUCUAUUUCUGUCAGUCCACAUACUGAAUACAUGUAUAUUGGAGAUUCUGCUGGUAAUAUUUCAGUUUGCAAACUUGAUAAAGAAUCAUGUAAAUUAGUACAAAUGGAAUACCGAAUACCGUUUUCGGCAUCUCAUGGCAAUUCAAGUGAUGUCGCUGAUGACAAUGCUGUAAUGUAUAUAAUGCCUCAACCAACAGCUGAAACUAAGAGGGUGGUUAUAAUUUAUAGAGACGGUUUCAUUACAUUAUGGGAUUUACAUUGUAGUAAAGCCAUCUUCACAAGCGGUGGUGCUCUAUUACAACCGGUAAAUCAUGAAACAAAGAAAGUAUCAGCUGCAUGUUGGGCUUGCCCAAUUGGAAGCAAAUUAGUUACUGGAUACAGCAAUGGAGAUAUUUUUAUCUGGAGGGUUCCUUCUGCCUUAAAUUUUGAUAGAGAUUUAGAAUUAUGUAGUAAGCAGAAUUCUCCAAUUCAUAAACUAAACCUUGGCUAUAAACUUGACAAAAUACCUAUUGCAUCAAUAAAGUGGGUUAUACCCGACGGGAAAUCAAGUCGGUUGUAUGUACUGGGAUCCUCAGAUUUUCUAUCUGCAAAUUCAUUGCAGGUAGUUUUGCUUGAUGAACACAUUGAUUCUCGGACUACAAAGUUUGGGCUUCAUCCACCUGAGCCUUGUGUUGACAUGGAGAUCAUGUCAACCAUCACUAUACAAAGCAAGAACAACCAAGAUUGUUUGCUUCUGAUAGGGAAAUCUGGUCGUGCUUAUGUCUAUGAUGAUAAUGUGAUUGAAAAGUACCUAUUCCAGUGUCAAUCUAGGUCACCUCCAUCGCUUCCCAAGGACAUAAGGGUUAGGCUGUCAUUUGCGGAUCCAACCAUCACUGUAGCCAAAUUCAUAUCAGACAAUCAAUACAUGUCAGGCACAACGAAUGAGGAUUAUCUUAUGCUUUCAAAACACAUUCCAGCGCUUUUUGCAUAUGACACAAGGCAAAAGGAUGGAGCCAACUCAAAGACAGCCAACUUUAGCAGGUUCUCAGAUUUGAAGCACAUGUACAUAACAGGACACGCUAACGGGGCUAUAUGCUUCUGGGAUGUGUCAUGCCCGCUAUUUUCACCAAUUUUUACAAUAAAUCAACAGAAUGAGGACGAUUCAUCAUUAAUCGGUGUUCCAGUCACGGCACUAUACUUUUCUAUCAACUCAAGACUCCUCAUUUCUGGGGAUCAAAGUGGAAUGGUACGGAUAUUCAAAUUCAAGCCCGAGCCUUUCUUGGCAGAGAGCAGCUUCAUGUCCUUACAAGGAAGUUCAAGGAAAGGAAACAAUCACAUCAUGCGCAGUGUUCAACUAUUGAAAGUCAAUGGGGGUGUGCUUUCUUUCAACAUGAGCCAAGACUUAAAGCAGGUUGCUGUCGGCUCUGCCAAAGGAUAUGUGUCAGUGAUUGAUUUGGAAGGUCCUAGUCUACUCUAUGAAAAACAUAUAGCCAGCGAACUAUCCACGGAUGUCAUAUCUCUUCAAUUUGCAACCUGCAGUUUACAUGGCUUUGAGAAAAAUAUUUUAGCAGUGGCAACAAAUGAUUCAUCAAUUUUAGCACUUGAGAGUGAUAGCGGAAAGGCACUAAGCUCAGGAAAUAUUCGACCCAAAAAACCCUCAAGGGCUUUAUUUAUGCAGAUUCUAGAUGGACAAGAAACAUCAGGAAACGAGGGGCAAAAUCUUAGUAGGGGGAGUUAUGUUGAUGAUGGCAUGCAGAAGCAAUGUCUGCUUAUGUGUUCGGAGAAAGCUGUUUAUAUCUAUUCUUUGGUGCAUUUAGUUCAGGGAAUUAAAAAGGUUUAUUAUAAAAAGAAGUUUCAGUCCUCUGCUUGUUGCUGGGCAUCAACCAUGUAUACUCCAAAUGCUAACCUUGUACUCAUGUUUACUGACGGAAAAACUCAGAUAAGAUCAUUGCCAGAAUUGUCUCUAGUAAAGGAAACUUUUAUAAGAGGUCUCAUUCCUCCCGCUUCGAAACCCAACUCAAGCUCUGAUAGUUCAAUAUGUUCAUCACAGAGUGGAGAGAUAAUUGUGGUAAACGGCGAUCAGGAGGCCUUCCUCAUCUCAGUUUUACUCCAGAAGGAAAUCUAUAGGCAUUUAGACUCUAUAGGCCAAGUUUACAAUAAAGAUCUAGUAAUUGCAGAGAGGCUUGAUCCCGAAACUGCGAGCCAUAAAGAAAAGAAAAAGGGUAUUUUUAGUUCUGUAUUGAAAGACAUGAAGGGAGUUAAAGAGACGCAUGGCGCUACACUGGAAGCUGAAGACGCUGAAGGUGCUGAGGCACUGUCAACUAUCUUUACAGUAGAUAACUUUCCUUUGGAUGUGGAGAACAAUAAUAAUCAGAUCACAGAUGAUACUGAUGAAGUGGAACUACUGGAUAUAGAUGAUAUUGACCUUGAAGAUCCAGGACAUAAACCAAAAGGAAACUCUAUGAUGUCAGCUCUGAACAAGAAAAAAUUGGCUAGUAAAUUCCAGCUGUUGAAAGGUAAUGUUGCAGGUAAACUAAAACAAAUGAAGGGAAAGAAUGAGAAAGUUGUGGGCAAGGAAGAGCCACAAGAAGAGAAAACUGGUGCCACUGGUGCUGGUACAGUUGAUCAAAUUAAGAAAAAAUAUGGUUACACUUUGAGUGCUGAACCAAGUGCUGCAAAAAUGGCCCAAAACAAGCUGGGUGAAAAUAUAAGGAAGUUGCAGGGCAUAAACAUUAAAACAACAGAGAUGCAGGACAAUGCCAGAUCAUUUUCUUCUAUGGCCAAUGAGUUGCUGCGAUCUGCUGAACAUGAUCGAAGAAGCUCCUGAUAUAUGUUGCAAGAUGGUGCAUAGAUUAUAGUGAAUUGGUUUUCCUUGAGUUAGCCUACUUUAUUUAUUUUUUUUAUUUUUAUUGUGUUUGCUUUCCAAACUAUAAUCUCAAGUCUCAACAUAAGGCCUAAGGGCACCCUAAACUGAGUUAAUAUAAAGCCAUCCGCAACCCCCAUACUCAUUUCUCUAA